ACAGUUCUUUUUGGCGCCGCGCGGCGGUCGGUGGCUCGGAAGGGGUUCCAGGCUAGGGGAUGCCCGCUGGCGGGGCUGCUCUCCGCGGCCCCUCGGCCUCGCCGGGGCAGGAGCUGCAGCCGCGACAACGCCCGUCCCGGGCACAGCACCGGCCCGCUGAGCGGCGGCGGAGUCCGGCAGCGGGAGGCGGCAGCAGAGCUGUGCUCCGGCUGCCAUGAGAGGGCCGAUCGCUGCUCCUGCCCCGAGAAACCCGGAGCAGACCCCGAAGAAGGAGGCGGCCACGUACACCCUUCCCCCCCACACCGCCCUCCCACCGCGCACACACACCGUUCCCCCGUUUCUCGCCUAGGGCAAGGCGGAGCCCUGCUCUGCACCGCCCGGAAGCCGCGGGGCGCGCCCGGAAGCCGGCGGCGGGCGAGGGGCGGUGCCGCGGCUGCCACGUUGGAGCGGGCCGGGGCCGGUUGAGCGCUGGGAACGUGGAGUGAAAUGAAGCUGAAGGAAAUUGAUCGUACUGCCAUGCAGGCAUGGAGCCCUGCCCAGCAGCACCCCAUUUACCUGGCCACAGGUACAUCAGCUCAGCAGCUGGAUGCAACCUUCAGUACAAGUGCUUCUCUAGAAAUAUUUGAGCUGGACUUAUCAGACCCUUCACUGGAUAUGAAGUCCUGCGCCACCUUCUCCUCCUCUCACAGAUACCACAAGCUGAUCUGGGGGCCAUACAACAUGAGCUCAGGUGAGAGAGUCUCUGGAGUCCUGAUUGCCGGAGGUGAAAAUGGGAAUGUCAUUCUGUAUGACCCAGCCAAAAUCGUAGCUGGAGACACUGAAGUAAUAAUUGCCCAGAAGGACAAGCACACAGGACCAGUAAGAGCGCUCGAUGUCAACAUGUUCCAGACUAAUCUGGUGGCCUCUGGAGCUAAUGAAUCUGAAAUCUAUAUCUGGGACUUGAACAAUUUUGCCACGCCAAUGACACCAGGAGUGAAGACGCAGCCUCUUGAGGACAUCAGCUGCAUCGCAUGGAACAAGCAAGUCCAGCACAUCCUGGCAUCCACCAGCCCUAGUGGCCGAGCUACCGUGUGGGAUCUCAGGAAGAAUGAACCCAUCAUCAAAGUCAGUGACCACAAUAACCGGAUGCACUGCUCAGGCCUGGCAUGGCAUCCUGAUGUUGCUACCCAGAUGGUUUUGGCCUCGGAGGAUGACAGGUUGCCUGUGAUUCAGAUGUGGGACCUAAGAUUUGCCUCCUCACCACUUCGUGUGCUAGAAAGCCAUACAAGGGGUGUACUGGCCAUUGCUUGGAGUAUGGCGGAUUCGGAGCUGCUACUUAGCUGUGGAAAGGAUGCUAAAAUUCUCUGCUCCAACCCUAACACGGGCGAGGUGCUGUAUGAGUUGCCCACAAACACACAGUGGUGCUAUGAUAUCCAGUGGUGUCCCAGGAACCAUGCUGUCUUGUCUGCGGCUUCGUUCGAUGGGCGGAUCAGCAUUUACUCCAUCAUGGGAGGCAGCAUGGAUGGCUUGAGGCAGAAGCAAGUUGACCAGCUUUCAUCGUCUUUUGGCAACCUUGAUCCAUUUGGUACGGGACAGCCCCUCCCGCCCCUGCAGCUUCCCCAGCAGACUGUCCCACAGAGUGUUCUUUUGCCCCUAAAGAAACCACCCAAAUGGAUCCGGCGACCUGUAGGAGCAUCAUUCUCGUUCGGAGGCAAGCUGGUUACAUUUGAGAAUGCCAAGUCUCAGCAGCAGCCAGGCAUGGAGCAGCAGCAGCAUCACUAUGUCUACGUGAGCCAGGUUGUUACAGAGAAGGAGUUCCUGGCCCGCUCGAACCAGCUGCAGGAGGCUGUGCAGUCUGAAGGCUUUGUCAGCUACUGUCAGAAGAAAAUCGACAUGGCCCAGGCAGACUUUGAGAAAAAUGUGUGGGCCUUCUUAAAGGUGAACUUUGAAGAAGAGUCACGUGUUAAAUACCUUGAGCUCUUGGGAUAUAGGAAAGAUGAUCUGAGAAAGAAGAUUACAUCUGCUCUGAAUAAAGAGGGCCUUGCAGAUGGUGACUUGGGAGAGGCGCCCAAAGAAUCUGAUGAAUCUGAGCUGAACAAGGGGGACGAAGCCCAGGCUACAGAGGAGCAGUUCUUGGGAGAGAGGGUGAAGGACCAUAAACAAGAAGCUGAAGAUUUGGGAUCUGCAAAGACAUUUAACAUCUCUGUUAGUGGAGAUGUGGACGGUUUGAUUACCCAGGCUUUGCUGACGGGUAACUUUGAGAGCGCAGUAGAUCUCUGCUUGCACGAUAACCGCAUGGCUGAUGCCAUUAUCUUGGCCAUCGCAGGUGGACAAGAGCUGCUUUCUAGGACACAGGAAAAGUACUUUGCUAAGAUGCAGAGCAAAAUUACCAGGCUCAUCACUGCAGUGGUAAUGAAGAACUGGAAAGAGAUUGUGCGGUCCUGUGAUCUGCAGAAUUGGAGAGAGGCUUUGGCUGCUGUGCUCACUUAUGCUAGGCCAGAUGAGUUUGCAGCCCUUUGUGAUCUCCUGGGUAACAGGCUGGAGAGUGAGGGGGACACCCUUCUGCAGACACAGGCUUGUCUCUGUUACAUUUGUGCUGGCAAUGUGGAAAAACUCGUUGCUUGUUGGACCAAAGCUCAGGAUGGAAAUAGCCCCUUGUCCCUUCAGGAUUUAAUAGAGAAAGUCGUGAUCCUGCGCAAAGCUGUGCAGCUCACCCAGGCUGUGGACCCUAAUGCUGUGGGGGCCCUUUUGGCUGAGAAGAUGAGCCAAUACGCCAAUCUCCUGGCUGCCCAGGGCAGCAUUGCUGCAGCUUUGACCUUCCUCCCUGUGAAUACCAACCAGCCAAACAUCAUGCUGUUGCGGGACAGGCUUUGCAGAGCCCAAGGGGAGCUCCCAGUGGGACAGGAGGCCCUCAAGGCACCGUAUGAGAGACAGCCCAUGCCCAAAGGACCAGCUGGCCCUGUGGCUGGACAGAUGCAAGGGCCGCAGGCUCCAGCCCAGCAGUAUUACCAACAGGUUAGAAUUGCCCCUACUGUCACUACCUGGAGUAACAAAACUCCUACUGCCCUUCCCAGCCAUCCUCCUGCAGGCUGUCCCUCUGACACACAGGGGGACAACCCACCUCCUCCAGGGUUUAUUAUACCAGGUGCCGUUAACCCUAACAUGCCACCACAGCAAGCCACAUCUUCCAAUUACAGCAUGUACUCACAAGCAGGGGCCCGGCCAACGUACCUGCAGAUGUAUCAGGCUGCACAGCAGUACUCUUGUGGAACAGAGGGACCAGCUCUCUAUCAGCCCCAGCAGCCUAUAGCUGUCCCUGCUUCAGCCUCUUACCCGAACCCUGCCCCUAACACCACCCCUUCCUACCUGCCCUCUGCCACUGCCCACUCAAUGCCCUCCAUGCUGUACCCUGGGCAGCCUCAAGUCUCCCCGACAAGCCUGAAUCCCAUCUCUUCCUUCCCUCUUCCUUCUUCUGGCGCAUCCUUUCAGCAUGGCAGGACAGGACCUCCAGCAACUUCUGUGGCUUAUGCAUUACCUACUGGACCAACAGGUACUCUGCCUGCAGCCAGUGACCUUCCUGCAUCCCAGAGAACAGCUGUGGUGAGAAGGCAGCCAGUACAACCUUCAGAAACCCGAAUGCGGGCAUCACCUCUGAUUCCUGGCAAACACCAGCCUUGGGCUGAAAUGCAGGGGUGGACUCCAGGGCACAGUGAGGUGCCAAGGCCAGGUGGCUCAUGCAUGUGGGUUGCUGGGACGCAACUGCUGCCUGCAGCUGGAGAACUGUGGAAAAAAGAUAAGAGGUAUCUGAAGAGCACACUUUUCCAAUUUUUAGAUUACACCAUUCAAAAAACAUAUAAACAAGAAGAAAAAAACCUUGCUUUGUAAAUGCAGAAAUUAUAGUGUACAUGCUUAACAUGCUUAACCACCACCAUAUUUUCCAGAGUAACUGCAUUGCUCAUUGGCAUGAGGUCCCAUAGAACCAGAGAAGUCUGCAGCCAGUAGAUCUCACCUGUAACUCUGAAUGUUCCAGUGCGGAACAACAGCGAUAUUGAUCUUGGCUUUGAAGUGGUGUGUUUGUGUGUGUGUGUGGUGAUGAUCUAGUCUGGGAACAUCAUGUUUCACUUUGCAAAUGUGUAAGGGAGGAAGGAAAAAAGAUCUCAAAUUUCAGGUCCUGAAAAGCACCUGACCUUUGAACUGGCUUAGAUUUAAAGAUGCACUUAAAAAGAAACAGUUCUAUGAAUAUCUUCUGUUUUAGGCAAAUGCGUAUAACAUCAGUAUGUUAAGUUGUGCUUGGAGCUUCAUUAAGCAAGAAAAGCCCACGUUUAAUUUCAUUUUCAACCUAUCUCACUUUGUUUUGCAAUAGAUCUUUGAACCUGCUUUCAAGGGUGUUUUAAUUCUCAGAGUCUUGAAUAUUGUUCGAAAUUGCGAUAGAGCAAUUCUGAGCUAAGGAAAGGGUUUGCACCAGAACUAUAAGCGCAUCAGACCAAACCCAGGGGCAGGAGUUAUCACAUCACCGAUAUUACUCUUCUCUUUGAAAUGACGAAGGCUUUGUUGGCUGUUCUGCCAUUUGGAUUUGUUGCUCAGUCUGAGCAGGCAACGUGUCUUUUCACAUGGCUGUAAAGCUGCUGUGUGAACAUACCUUUUUUUUUUUCCCCCCCCUCACUGGGCUGGAUGCAGUUGAGAGUGUGCCUUGAUUUGGCAUCCACCUUGAAGUCAAGUACUUUACGCAUUUUCUGCAAAGCUUUCUGGAAUGGUCAAAUGAUGGUGAGAAGAUACGUUGCUAAGAGUAAUGGUCUGUUGGCUGCACUGGCUGGUAGCAAUAGAAAAUGAGAACACAGGAAGAGAUAAGAAAGUGGGCCGGGACUCUACAAUAUGUGUUAGGAACAACUAGAAACACUGAUUUACUGCAUGAAAAGUGCAAUAGGCUUGUUUCAAGGGAAGGCAGACAAAAGCAGUUCCAUGGGAUGGUUUGGACAAAUGACUAGUCUCUAAACUGGCAUUGUAAUUAGGCUUUUUUUUUUUCCUGACUUCUUGUGCUUAUUGGAACUAAAUCGCUGAUCAAAACUUACAGACCAAUUGUUUUAUU